GGCUGGCAAUAAGAGACUUGAAAGAUUUCAAUAUUGCCCUAUUAGCUAAGCAAAGUUGGAGAAUGCUUCAACAACCAAAUUUGCUAUUGGCAAGAGUCUUUAAAGCAAAAUACUUUCCAAAAACCAGCAUCCUCAAUGCAUCAUUCAACACAAAUGCAAGUUAUGCAUGGAAAAGUAUUUCCCAAGGUACAAAGCUCAUCUCUCAUGGUUUGCAAUAUGUUGUUGGUAAUGGGGAACAAAUUGAAGUUUGGAAUGGCCAAUGGCUUCCACUAAGCCCACCACGGCCAGCUAGGGGGAUCGGAAAGAACUUAUAUCCUCAUUUAAAGGUCAGUAAUCUGUUAUAUCAGGGUAGUUGGAAUGAAGAACUCCUUUCCUGCAUCAUUGAUAGUAAUGACAUUCCUCGUAUAAAAAUUAUUCGUCCAUCUAUUACUAAAGCACAUGAUGUAAUCAGUUGGAUACAUACCAAGGAUGGCGUUUACACUGUCAAAUCUGGAUACAAAGUAGAGCGUAAGAUCUCUAAAGACACUUAUCUUACUGUAGAUACUACACAUAGUGAUGUCACUGCUAGGGUAUUCUCUAAGUUAUGGAAUCAGAAUUCUCCUCCGAAAAUAAAACACUUUUGGUGGAGAUGUCUUCAUAACGCUUUGCCAACUGCAGAGAACUUAAAGAAAAAGAGAGUACUAAGAGAUGAUACCUGUCAAAGAUGUGGAGAAACAACGGAAAGCAUAAGCCAUCUCUCGUUCCAGUGUAGAAUAAGUAGCGAGGUUUGGCAUCAUUCCCUCAAUCUCACUGGCUCAGGAUAUCAUAAAUAAGGCUUAUAUUGAUUUACAACAAUGAAAAGAGAGUAUAUCAAAUAAUCAAGGAAAACUAAGAAUCGAGCAGUCUUCGAACACCGCAUCACGGACUUUGACAUCAGUUGAUGGAUAGAAAUAUGUUGUUCUGGAAACUACUGCUUAGUCCUGCUAUGUGGACGGAUCAUGGAUUUCUCCCACUGAAUGUGCGGGAAUAGGUUGGACUCUUUACAAUAAUAAUCAUCAGAUUAUUCUUCAAGGGAAGGCAUCCAUUAAUCCAAUGAACACGCCUCUUGAAGUAGAAGCUGAAGCCUUAAGAUCAGCAAUCUAUCACGUCUACAGGCUUGGAUACAAUGAUGUACUGUUCUGCGGAGAUGCAUCUAUCUUAUAUGACAAGCUUCAACGUUUCUUCCAUGAGAAGAAAAGGGAUCAAUGUGAACUUUCAACACUUACCACUCACAUUCAGGACAUCUGGAAUCUAGGUCGAUCUUAUGAUAAUAUUACUUUUGUGAAGAUACCCCGUUCUGUAAAUUCUGUUGCUGCUAAAUUAGCUAAAGAUGCUAGGCUACGAAAGUUAAGUUAUGUUAUCUCAUGGUUUGAUGUACAUUAAAGUUUUAUGUAAUAUAAAUUUUCUUGUUGAAAAAAAAAUAUAUAUAUAGGACAGUAA